UGAGCAUUGGCAUUUUCAGCGACGCCAUGUCGCAGUUGCCACGUCGUUCAAAGGGAGGUGCUGUCUUGCUGGCCAUGGCUCUGCUUUUCAGCAGCUGGGCCUUUGUUGGCACAGGCUCCACAAGGUGCUCCAGGCGCUCGCCCAGUUGGCACGUGUCGCAGCACGCGCAGGAGGUGAAAAUUGGGGACGAACAGGAGGUGAAGCCGAGUACAGAGGUGAAGGAGAGUGCGAAAGACCUGGAAGCCAAAGAGGAGUCGGAGAAAACUGUGCAGAAGAAGGAAGAGAGCUCUGCCGCUUUAGCCAAAGAGGACUGGCGGCCUCUGGAGGCUUUCUACGAGCCGACGCAAGACACUGUGUACUACAGCUGGCUAUCCGUGGCCGGCGGCCUGGUCCUGGGCGGUGGUGCAUUGCUGCUUGUUCAAGGUCUCAAUGCUGAAUACUUUAUCCUGGUUUUCGUCAUUGUGGUCAUCGCGUUCGGCUUUUUCGUGGCACUUCUGGGGCUGAAAGCAAUCACUCCAGAGAAGAACGAGCCCAGGCCUCAAGGCCUUAAGCCCCGGUGCUGAUGAUGGCUAGGAUGCAGGCGUUACUGAAGAUUCAGUCUUGUGGCCGCUGGAUCUCGGUCAAGGUCGGAUGCCUGAUGGGCACGAAGUGAAAAAGCCGUGAGGAAAGUGAAAAAGAUUCCCAUUUCGACCGAGAGGUUUUGCCAUUUCGACCCAUAGCCUCAAG